UCAACAGAAGGAAUUCCUAUGGAGUUUAUGGAUUCAUAUCUGACUGUACAAGCCAAUGAAAUAUGUAAUACAUCUGAAGGUGAGAAGGCACUUCUACAAGUGUGCAACAUUCUGAAAAACAAUGUUCAAUGGUUACGAUAUCACCUGGAGAUUCCACCAACAUUAAUAAACAAAACUACCCCUAUAGAAGUCAAGUUCACGUUAGAUCUUCCACCUCUAGAUGAUGAUUUCAAUCCAUUUCAUCAUUUUAAUAUGCUUGGUGAUGUACAACUAAACCAGGAAGCGAUUGCUGAAUUUCACUAUGAUUGGCAGAAACUUCUAUCUAUUGAUCUUGGACUCAGUGAAAUUAAUUUCCGUAACUUACUUUCACAUCGAUAUGAAUUGCAGGACAAUGCGUAUCUUGAGGAAUCUGAUAAAAAACCAGUGUCAGUUCUCAAGACUAAAUUUGACUUGGAUCCAGAAGAACUGGUCUAAUUUUAGUUGAUUAGUGUUGACAGUAUACUUUUGUAUUCAUAUUGUGUUAAAUCUUGACAUAUGCUCAGUGUUAAAGCGUGGUAGUCGUCGCGCUGUGCAUGUUCGACAUUUGUGUUAAU